AUGGCUCGACCUUCUCCUGCUACGCCAGGCGGCGGAGGCAGCGGUGCCAACAACCUGCAGCUGUCUCCCCCCGAACGUCUUGCCUUUGCCCACUACUUCUCUCUGGCCGAUCCCAGCAAUUCAGGCAUCGUUCAGGGCUCUGCAGCAGUGCCCUUCUUUGCAAAGGCCCGCCUUGCCCCUGCUGUGCUAGGUCAGAUUUGGUCCAUUGCCGACUCUACCAACAAUGGCUUCCUCACAGCUCCUACCUUCAGCGUCGCGCUCCGUCUCAUUGGACAUGCUCAGCGAGGAGAGACGCCAGAUGAGGUCCUCAUCAGCAAGCCUGGUCCACCUCCUAUCCUCGAGGGCAUCCAGCUGCCCAACUUGCCUCCUGCAGGAACGCCGCUGAGCCCCCAACGCACCGGAUCGGCUCAGACACCUGGCAUCGAAAUCAAGCCGGAUGAUCGCGCUCGGUACACUCGCAUCUUCGCAACGGCUGGUCCCUCAGGCGGUCUCCUCGACGGAGAAAAGGCAAAGGACAUCUUCGUCAAAUCGAAGCUCCCCUUCGACAAGCUUGGCGCCAUCUGGAAUCUCGCAGAUACCAAGUCAAGAGGCGCCCUCGAUCUCACCGACUUUGUCAUCGGGAUGUACUUCAUCCAGGGCUCCAUGAGUGGAAGCAUCUCUGCCAUCCCACCGACGCUCCCGCAGGGACUCUACGAGGCAGCCGCUGGAGGGUCAGCAGGUUACCCUUCCAGCCCUCUGAGAGCUCAGACUACCGGCCCAUCGGCUAUCCCUCGGCAAUUGACGGGACAGCAAUACGGAGGCGGAAAUGCUCCGUUGCACAAUGCUACCCUCUCUCCCACUCAUACGGGAGCUCGUGGAAUGUCUGUCAGUGGUGCUGGCUCGCCUGCCCUUGGCUCGGGCGCGCUCGGCCCUCAAAGGACCGGACAAGGCUUCGGUGGGCCUUUCGGUAGCUCCAUGAGCGAUUGGGCUGUGAAUGCCGAAGAGAAGGCCAAGGCCGACCGCUUCUUCGAUGGCCUCGACACCGAGAAGAAGGGCGUACUGGACGGGCAGGUGGUGGUACCUUUCUUCAUGCAAAGUAAGCUCAGUGAGCAAGUCCUGGCUAACAUCUGGGAUUUAUCGGAUAUCACUCAGACGGGCUCUCUUGGCCGGGACGAAUUCGCCGUAGCCAUGUAUCUCAUCAACGCAGCUCUGACUGGGACUGAAGUGCCUCAGGAGCUUCCCGCCAACCUCGUUCCACCGAGCUUGCGAGGCCAGAAGCUACCAGAAGCUGUCAACCCCCAGCAAACUGAUACGCAAAAGGACCUCUUCUCCCUCAUGGACGAUGACGAUGAGCCUACUUCCUUGCCGAUCUCCGCUGCGAGUGCUUUCGCUGCGCCCACUGCGGGAGCGCCCUUGGCUGCCGGAGCCUCAGUUCCACCUCCUUCCCGCUCAGCCGUCGGUAGUCCCUUCGAUGAAGACGCUUUCUUUGGAGGCGACUCUACGGCCGCAAGGGUAGGGUCACCCCCUGCCGCCGGCUCCCGAUCAACGCCAGCACCCAAUGCUCAACUGCCCAUCGAUCAAAGUGCUGAGUUCGGGAACAAGACCUUGCAGCUCAACAGUACCGAGCGUGCAGUCUCAGACCUACAAAGCCGUCGCAGUGGUCUGGAGACUGGGAUCGCGCAAGGGGCGUCUUCCCUCGCCGAACUCGAAUCUCGGCUCUCAACGGUGCGGUCGACCCAUGAGACAGAGAGUCGCCUCGUCAAGGAGCUCGAAGCUAGAAAGGAGAAGCAAGCAGGUGAAUUGAAGACCCUUCGAGAUGAGCUCAUCUCGGGUGAGUCCGAAUUGUCUCGCCUCAAGGGUGAAAAGGACGAGAUUGAACAGCAAGUGAUGCACGAUCGCGAGGAGAUUCGCACUACAAAGAAGAACUUGAGCGAGGUGCAGACUGAGCUGACGGCCCUCAGAGCCGAAGUUGAGAAGCUCAAGAAAGAUGCUCGCCAGCAGAAGGGUAUGGUCGCCAUUGGCAAGAAGCAAUUGAGCACAGCAGAGGGGGAGAGAGAGAAGCUUCAGACAGAAAAGGCUGAGCAUUUGGCUGCCGCUGAGACUGCCAGCAGAGACGCCGGUCCAGCCGGCUAUGGUCAGGACGAGGUAGAGGCCCCUCAAGAGGAGGCCACUGUUCCUGGCGGCCUCGAAGCCGUCAAGAGUCCAGCAGCUAGUGUCAGAAGCAACAAUCCCUUUGAUCGAUUCAAAGCCUCUUCUCCAGCACCUCCCCAGAGCAACAGCGCUGCAUCUCCUUCGCUCUCUGCUGCAACGAUUGGCGCAGGCGCUGCCGCUGGUGUGGGUGCCGCUGUAGUGGGCGCAGGUGCGAUGCACCUCGCAGAAUCUCACCAAGGCAUGGAACAGCAGACGACUGACUCUCAGAGCCGCGGAAUCGGCAACGAUGCCACAGAGGACCCCUGGAACACCUCCGCUUCACCCAAUCCUACAUCGCAAUCGGUGGCUCCUGUCCAAAGCACGCAGCACGAUGCUUUCGACGAUGCCUUCGGCGACGACUUUGCUCCUUCUUCGACUGCCGCGCCCCAAGCUGCCGCCGCCACUGGUAGCAACAGCGCUGCUUUUGACGAUGCUUUUGGUGACUUUGACGAUCCGCCCAAUGCAGCCUCGACCGGGGUCUCCUCCAUCGACAAUACUGCCAGCGAGGGUCUGACUACCACAGCUCCUGCUUCGACGGCUGAUGAGCCCUCAAGCGAUGAAGAGGCGCUUCCAGCAACAAUUGUGGACAAGGGCAAGUCACCUGCUCGGGACAUUGAUGCAGACGAUACUCUGUCCUCUGGUGACGAGGAUGAUGGCCCAGAAGAUCUCGAGAACGAGGGCAGAGGAUACCGAGGCUAUGCAGCUGGCCUGGGCGAUUCCGGCCUUGGCAGUACGCAAGCCAACGAUCUGAAUGACCCCAGCCAAGCCGGCGACGCUGCAACCAGCGUGCUGCCGUCUGCUGGCUCGACCGCUCAGGCGGAAGAGAGGUUCCCGGAAUUGCCCUCUGGCGCCAGUCUCGAGCCCUCGGCGGCCAAUGUCGGUUCAGCUGGUGUCGGACAAGAUGUUGACACACUGCCCUCGAGAGGAGACUUUGCGGGUGCUAUGCCUAGCUCGACCUCGUACCAGUCGACCGGCGCUGCUUCCGGUUUCGUCAGUACUCAGAACACAGGGGUGUCCGAUGCCUUUGUCGAUGCGCCCUCUGGGGACUACAGCCCUGCCCAAAGAGCCAGCGAGGGCCUGUCAUCCAGUGUCCUGCCCCUAGCAGCCUCUCGUCCCGGGCCUCCGCCAGUCACUGACUCUACUCGAUCUCUUGCCGGCUCAGCGAUCGCUGACACUUCUGCGAGCUCAAGGCCCCUGAGUCCAUCUAGUAGCCUCAAGACCAGACGAGCAGCCCCGCCUCCUCCUGUCCGAAGCACUUCUGGCUCUACUACGACUACGACUGCAACUACCACUGCUGCUCAGCCAGCAGCAGGUCAGUCAAUGGGCACGACCGGCAGCAAGGACACUUCUUUCGAUGACUUUGAAGCCUCCUUUGCAGACUUGGGUCCAGUGAAGGAGACGGCUGGCCAGCGAUCGGUAGCCGGAGGUGCCGCCCCCUCCAGCACCGGUAGUGGUGGAUUCGAAGAUGCCUUCGAUGACGAUGCCGACUUUGACUUUGUGCCCUCCUUUGGAAGCGGGGCCCAGCCAAGCGCUGCUGCUGGAGGACAGGGUGGCAUGGGUGCCCAGCAGCCUUUCGGUUCUGGUGUAACCCAGUCCACUACCACUGACAGUGCCUUUGACGGCUUCGACGACGCCUUUGGCGGCGCUCCUCAGCAGGGCUCAACGACAUCAGCUGCGCCGCAGAGGACUUCGACAGGCGGCGCUGCCCCUCCCAUCAACUUUGGCUCGUAUGGCAACUUCUCUCCCUCGACACAAACGGGAAGGGGCGGAGGAGCCACGGGGGCCAAUACCAGUCACAGUGGAGGCACAGACUCGUCUGCCUUUUCGUUUGAAGACGCCUUUGCCCCUUCGGCUGACGGGACAGGAGCACCGACUGCGGCACCCGUCUCCUCGUCUGGAGGCGCGCCCGACUCGAAUUACAAUUACAACAGCAGCGCCAGCUACUAUGCUCCACCUCCCGGCCCUCCACCGCCAGAGACUGCAGCUCCUGCAGGUGCGGGCUCGGGCUCGGGCUCGGGUCUAUCCGUGCCUCAGUCGGGCAACAGUGCCAGUGCCGGUUCUGGUGCACCGCGCGCCAGUCCUGCUCUAGCGGAUGAUGCUCCUCCCGUACGACAAUUGGCGGGAAUGGGUUUCCCACGACACAAGGUCAUUGCUGCGCUAGAAAAGAGCAACUAUAGAGUUGAAAAGGCAUUGGAGCGACUCUUGGCUGAGAGCUGA